AUGUACGAAAAUCUACAUACCAAAGAAGGGCAAAAUAAAAUAUACAGAUUAGCCAAGCAGUUAGAAAAGAACUUUAAGAAUAUAAACGGAGCUCCGAAAGUAAUCAAAAAUAAAGAUGGGAAAUUGAUAAUAAAGGAAAAAGAAAUAAUGAUUAGAUGGAAAGAAUAUUUCCAGGAGCUUCUCAACUUUAAUCUUCACAUACUGCAUCUAGACGAACACUCCCCUUGUCCAAACCUUGUACAACCUAUAACAGAACAAGAAAUAAUCACAUGCCUCAAGCAUAUGAAAAACAACAAAGCUAGGGAAAAAAGAUUAAGAGAUAUGAUCGAAAUAGGAGAGACUCAGUUUGGUUUUAUGUCUGGAAGAUCAACAACCGAUGUUAUCCAUGCAAUUAGGCAAAUGAGUGAAAAAUACAGGGAAAAGAACAAAAAGCUACACAUGGUCUUUCUCGAUCUAGAAAAGGCCUUCGAUAGAAUCCCAAGAAAACUUAUCCGGUGGGCGCUACACCACAAAAAGGUUCCCGAAAAAUAUAAAAGAAUAAUACAGGAUAUGUAUAUGGGCCAUACAAUGAUCCGUAGCACAACAG